CAAAGAAAGAAAAGAAAUGGAAGUAGUAGAAUUGUACGAGCUUCAUUAUUCCGAUUUGCUGCAGCUCUCUUCAGACAAAUCUUUAUCAGAUGAAUUUAUAGAAGAAAUUCAGCGUCUGGAAUCAGUCACCAGAAGUGUAAUGGAAAACCUAGGGCCAGAGGGACCAGGACUUCUCGCCAUCACCGGCGUUCCAGAAGCUUCCAAUCUCCGGCGAACUCUUCUUCCUUUAGCUCGAAAACUCGCUCUUCUCAAUAAUGAUGAUCGCAAGCGCCUUCUUAAGGAACAAAAUCUGGGAAGUGAUGUAUCAUUGAAGAACCCGAAUAGAGAUGUCUCCUCUUUUUCCAUGCAAUUGAAAUAUGAGCAAUGCUAUGAAAGAAGUGGUUGUCAGGUUGAUGAUCUAGAUGUUGAUAAUCGGGAUGAAGGAGAGGUUGAUCAGGAUGAGUUUAAAAAAUUAGGUUGCACCUUUAAGGAGCUAGGAUAUUGCAUGAUGGACUUAGGGCAUCGUCUUGCACAAAUAUGUGAUAAGGCCAUUGGGGGCCAAGAGCUGCAACAGAGCUUACUAGAGUCUGGCACAGCUAAAGGGCGUCUGAUCCAUUAUCAUUCCGCUGCUGACAAUGAUGUUAUUAGAGAAGCUGCUAAGAGAAAUGGACAGUCUAAAGCAAGAAAUGUUAAAGUCAAUAAGAAUGAGCAAUCAAGUCUGAAGCAGCGAGGAAUUGAGUCAUCGAAAGACCAAUCAAAUGACUAUGGUCUGUGGCAGCAGUGGCAUUAUGAUUAUGGUAUUUUCACUCUUUUAACUGUUCCUAUGUUUCUGUUGUCCUCUCACCAAGAAGCACCGGCAGCUAUAAAUAAUGAUUCACCUGUUUCUUCUAAGCAUGAAUUCCCUUCGCCCGGUGGGCACACAUAUCUUCAUAUAUUUGAUCCCAAAAAGAAUCAGGUCUUCAUCGUAAAUGCACCUUCAGAGAGUCUCAUUCUGCAGGUUGGAGAAGCAGCUGAUAUAUUAUCUAAGGGGAAGCUACGAGCAACACUUCAUUGCGUUUGUAGACCACCAAAUGUUGAAAACUUGAGCAGGGAAACAUUUGUUGUCUUCUUGCAGCCAGCAUGGAGCAAACAGUUCUCUCUUUUGGAUUACCCGCUUGAACUUUUAGCUUUAAGUGGUCAGCAGUGCGGGGUAUGUAGCAAGGGAACUGAACAGUAUAGGCAGGUCCCUGAGGAAUUAAGUCACGAGAUUCAAAAGAUUGUUCCACCACUUUUGUCGAGGCUGAAAGAUGGGAUGACAUUUGCAGAAUUUUCUCGCGAAACUACAAAACAAUACUAUGGUGGUAAAGGUUUACAGUCCAACAAAUAGGUUUUCUGUGGAUAUCUUUAUAUGGCCAGAGGUGCCAUCCAGCUUGAUAACGUUAAACUGGUGGUUGCAAAGUGUCACUGUCAACUUCCCCAUCUCAGGUAAAGAGGGGGCUGCGUGCACUUGUACUGUUAGGAAGUUAUUUCACUUUCUAUGGCAAC